AAUUAAUUUUGAAUUCAAAGUAUUUACGUAACAAGUUAAAAUCAUUUUAUUUGUUAAAUAUGUGUGUUUCGUGUGUGUUAGUGUGAUAAACUUAUCUAAAUAGAUAAAAUAAUAAGCGGUGUGUGUAGUACUUACGUAUAUAAUCAGAUAACCCCUUGGGGUCAGAUAUCGUUCUUUGAUCAACAUCAUCAUCAUUCGUUUCAUAACUUCUCUAAAGUAAAUACCUACUGUAUUAUCAAGUGAUGUCGUGAAUCUUUGUUUACAAAGUGGCGAGACAAUACCGAUCGAUUGUAGCAAGCAGUCAGCGGCUGCCGCAAGUCUCAUUUACAAGACAGUAAUUCCAAUAUUGUGCGCGAUCGGUUGAAUAAAUCAAAGUUUAUGAAGAAGUGUAUGUGAUAUAUUUUUUGCCUUAUUUAAAUCGUUACGAAUUUGUAUUUUCUUGUAGUGUUUUUGUAAAGUGUUGUUAAUAAAGUAGUGCAACUGAUUUGAUCAUGUCACCACAAAUGAGAAUGUUAUCGCGCGUCAGUCGUUUGUUGUCUGGCGUCGCGGCACGUUCUGGUGCCGUCGAAAUUGUUGUGGACCCCUUGAGAAGCCUUGGAACAGCUCGGACCAUGGCCAGCAAAGUUUUAAAUGCCGAUAAUUUGAACCCAAAUGUGCUAAAAUUGGAAUAUGCGGUGCGCGGCCCUUUGGUGAUUCGCGCUGCCGAGAUCGAAAAAGAACUACAAAAGGGUGCUCAAAAACCAUUUAAAAAGGUGAUCAGAGCCAACAUUGGAGAUGCCCAUGCCAUGGGACAGCAGCCCAUUACUUUCAUCAGACAGGUGUUAGCAUGUGUGACGUUACCCGAAAUUAUCGAUAAGGGCGGCUACCCGGAAGACGUCAAACAGAGGGCAAGAGAAAUCCUGAAUGCAUGCGGGGGCAAGUCGGUGGGCUCGUACACGAUGUCGCACGGCAUCGAGCUGAUCCGGCGGCACGUGGCCGAGUACAUCGAGCGGCGCGACGGCCACCCGGCCAACUGGCAGGACAUCUGCCUGUCCGCCGGCGCCUCCAACGCCAUCAAGAACGUUCUGCAGCUGUUCUGCAACACCAUCGAUGGGAAGCCUUCAGGUGUGAUGAUCCCGAUCCCGCAGUACCCACUGUACUCGGCUUCCCUAGCGGAGUAUGGCCUGUGUCAGUGCGGCUACUACCUUAACGAGGAGACCAACUGGGGCCUCGACAUCUCCGAGCUGGAGCGCGCUAGAGAAGAGUGCUUGAAGCGCUGCGCUGUGAGAGCGCUGGUGGUCAUCAACCCUGGCAACCCUACGGGGCAGGUGCUGACGCGCGAGAACAUCGAGUCCAUCAUUAAGUUCGCGCACAAGCACAAGCUGUUCAUCUUCGCCGACGAGGUCUACCAGGACAACGUCUACGCGGAGGGAAGCAAGUUCUUCUCUUUCAAGAAGGUGUUGAGAGAGAUGGGCGGGCCCUACGACAAAGAAGUGGAGCUGGCCUCAUUCAUGUCAGUCAGCAAGGGUUACGUGGGCGAGUGCGGCCUGCGCGGCGGCUGGAUGGAGCUCGUCAACAUGGAGCCCGUGGUGCAGGCCAACCUUUACAAGGCCAUCUCUGCCAUGCUGUGCCCCACCACGCUGGGGCAGACCACCGUCGAUUGUGUGGCUAAGCCGCCGCAGCAAGGCGAGCCGUCGUACGACUUGUGGCUGAAGGAGAAGACAGCGGUACUGGACUCGCUGAACAAGCGCGCCAAGAUGAUCGCAGAUACCUUCAACAAGAUGGAAGGCUUCUCUUGCCAGGUCGUGCAGGGCGCCAUGUACGCGUUCCCGCAAUUCCAGCUGCCGGCGCGCGCGGUGGAGGCGGCCAAGAAGGCGGGCAAGGCGCCCGACGUCUACUACGCCUUCAAGCUGCUCGAGGAGACCGGCAUCUGCGUUGUGCCGGGCAGCGGCUUCGGGCAGCGGCCUGGCACGUACCACUUCCGCACCACCAUCCUGCCGCAGCCCGCGCUGCUGCAAGAAAUGCUCGACGUGUUCCAGGCCUUCCACAAGAAGUUCACCGCCGAGUACUCCAAGUAGACCACCACCCAACACCACCACCGGUAGCCUAGGAUGCCGCGAUGAGCUUUUAUCGCGCUGUGUUAUCGAUUUUACGCGAUAUAUCCGUACGUUUGUCGACUAAUACAGUGUUCCGCAAACUUUUUGCGUUUAAGGUACAUCUAAAGCCUGGCACAUAGAAUUUUGUCCAAUGACCCCAAGCUACCCAUCCUUAUCGCUCGCGCGUAAUUAUGUUGCUGUCGCGCUCGCACACUCACUGCGACUGCCCGUCGCACAGUCGCGACAGCAACAUUGCAUCAGGGUCAUUGCACAAAAUUCUACGUGCUCACGGUCCAGUCUUUAGAAAACUAAAUUUUUUGGAGUUUAUUAAGGUUACCUUUAUUAAGGUUCGGCCAAACCAACGCGAUCACAAGUGAUCAGCUGGUGUGCAGCGCUGGCGACCAGACUUAUGCAUUAAUCGCCAUCGCUGCACGCCCUUAAUUACUCACUAAAAAUAAGUUUGUAAGAUAACCUUAUUUUUCUGAGGCACACCAUCUAAUGACCACGGUACACCGUUUGCGGAACACUGAUCUAAUCGGUAAGAUUGUCACGGGGCGCAUCCUAGCCCGGCUGGAUCAAGGAACACACGUGCGGUAACGCUGCGAACUACAUCUAUAUGCCCGUACUAUGUUUGUUACGAGAAAUCCCGCUGUUUUAUUGGAACUAACUUAACACGGCUAUGGAACUGCAGGGAUACUCCGAAGAACGUUAUCCGAUGUUUUAAAUGUUUCCAUCCCUCUCACGCAGAAUGAGACGCCAGCAUGAGUGACGGUGACAGAUAAACCCGAAAACGUUUCAGAGUAGGACCUGCUGUUCCCAAUUAUUUCAUUUGGUUUUCAAAAGACGGAAUCUCUGUCCAAACGAAAGUGUUAAAUGUGACAGACAAUGUCAAUUAAUUUUAAAUAGUGUAACAGUUACAAACAAGGGGAUUAAAAUAAAUAAACAACAUUAGAAAAUAAUACGUUUUUGAAUGAAGUAAUCUUAGUAAUUUUUGGGAAGAAAUAAAGGAUGAUCUAAUCUAAAUUCUUCAAUCGACCAAUGCUAAGCGGUGCGAUAUUACUACUUAUUUUUAUUAUAAAUAACCUAUUUAGGUAUUUUACACUUGUAAAUGCUCUACUUAUGUUUGCUCUAAAUGUUUAAAACAGCGGGUGUCCAUCGAAAUGACUUACCAGUGUUAUCAAGGCUAUGCACAGAGGACCCAAUGCAAUAAAUAAUUUGAAUUUGACCCCAGUGUUACUAUGUAGUUGGUAUAAAAUAAUUAGUGUGUUAAAACUACUCAUUAAUUAAAUAGUUAUCAUGUAGGUAGGUAAUUAUUACAGGGACUGGCAUCUCUUUUAAAGGUUUUAAGGAAAACCUGUAAUAUGAGAGGCACACUCUUUCAGUCGAUAGUUACUACAAUAACAUAAAAAAAUAGCAAAAGUAUUAAAAAUAACACUAAAAAGACAACUUAGUUUACUACAAGCUGAAGUCGUAAUACCGUUUAGUUUAUCUGCUUGAUAGAAAAAGGGCAUUAAAACCAUAAUUUAAGGACACGUGUGCACUAACAAAUAAAUAAACGCAAUCCAAGAGCAAGAAAAUGUAUUUGCAAGAACAUCUUGAAAAAUUUGGCUAAAUCGACUUGUAUGUAGGAGUUUAUAGAGUAUUGAUUAAAGUAGUUGUAACUACAUAAAAUAAUGUCAUCUAGUUGAGAAAAUAUUAGAGGCAAGAGUAACGCAGUGAUUUGAUUACGAUAUAUAAAUUGAGUAGUUUUCGUAAUUAUUUUUAAGUCUUCAUUGAAGUUUUUGUUUGAAUUUAUCGGAGUCCAAAAAUAAUUACAAGAUUUUGUAAAUCCAGAGAUAUUAUUUGUAAAUUGUAUGUUAUUAUUUUGUAUAUUAUGUUAUAAAAUUGAUGAAAUCUUGAUUGGUUUCUAGUCUUGGCUGUGCCAUUAUUUGCACAAUUCGUUAUUGUUUAUCCAAAAUGUGUUUCACCAUUCUUGAGUCGUGUUGUGGUGAUGUAUUUUGUGUAAGUUUUUAUAAGUUUGGCAUUUUUAGUAUUACCAACUGCCUCUCACAUUUAAAGUUGUUCACAAAUGUGACAAUAAUGAUAUUAUUAUAUAAAUAUAUUAUCGGAAACUUUAUACGCUUCGUAGUUUCUCUGAAUCUGCCAUAUUUAGGAGAAUAAACAUUUACUUAUUUUCCAAAACUCAGUCAUUUGCGACACAUUUAUUUUGUAUUUUUUUCUUCACUAAUUUAUCAUUUUAAAUUGUGUAAUUUAAGUCGCAGGGAUAUUGACUUGCACGUGAAUAUCGUUUGAAAGGUGCUACCAAGCUCAGGUUGAAUUAUUUUAUAAGUAUUUAUUACUUAUUGUUUGUAUAGAGCGUGCAAGUGUAAGCAAGCGAAGGCUCGAACAUUCCUCGACCGCAGAGAUUAGAAGCGUUGUUAAGCAUUGUUAUUGAUUAAAUAAAGUGA